GCCGCAGGUGGAGGAGGCAGGGCACGUCUUCCUCCUGAUGAAGAAAGACUAUCGCAUCUCCCGCAACGUGCGCCUCGCCUGGGUCCUCAGCCGCCUCCACCAGGUCAUCUGGGCUGUGCCCGAGCCGGAGCUGGUAAAGUCAGAAAAUGAACUUGAUGUUCUCAGCAUCCUGCCUAAUGGGUGGCAGCCAGACGAGCCUGUCCAGCCCAGGCCCUAUCUCCUCGUGCCCUCCACACGGGUCACCUUCCUGGCCCGCCAGUACCGAUUUGUUAUUGAACUUGACCUGAGCCCUUCCACAGGGAUUGUGGAUGACUCAACAGGGGAGAUAAUUUUUGAUGAAGUGUUCCAUGCCCUUUCCCGAUGCUUGGUGGGAUUGUUAAGACCCUUCCGUAUCCCUGGUUCAGACAUUAUCUACCAGCCAGAGAUCUUUGUCACCAUCCAGGCGUAUUCCUCCAUCAUUGGCCUGCAGUCCCAUCAGGUGCUAUUCCAGGGCUGCCAGCUGGACGAAACAAAGCGAGAGGCCUUCCUGCACCAAGUUUACACACAGCUGUGUGCCUUUGAGAACAAGGUGGCAGAGAUGCUCCAGCAACAGUAUGAACCCAAACCACAGGUGGAUCUGUCACCCGAGAGCCCUGGUGAUGUGCAGGAGUCCUCUGGGAGGAAGCCCAGUGUGUCUGUUGUCACGGCCGACGUCGGCCUCAUCAGCAUGGUGCGGCAGGGGAUCCUGGCGCUGCAGCUCCUGCCCUCCAACUCCAGUGCAGGUAUAAUAAUAAUUACGGAUGGUGUGACUAGUGUCCCUGAUGUGGCUGUGUGCGAGACUUUACUCAACCAGCUCCGCAGUGGCACCGUGGCCUGCUCCUUUGUACAGGUGGGCGGUGUCUACUCAUACGAUUGCAGCUUUGGCCACGUUCCCAAUGUGGAACUUAUGAAAUUCAUUGCCAUGGCCACUUUUGGUGCUUACCUCUCCACGUGCCCUGAGCUGGAUCCCCUGAGCCUGGAUCUGAAUGUGUAUCACAAGGCAUUUCUGCUGUACUCCUUUCUGCGUACUGGGGAGUCCCUGAAUCCAGAAUACUACUGCGUGUCCCAGCACAGACUGUUCAAUGAGCACCUGGUGUCCGCAAGCAGCAACCCUGCUCUGGCGAUGAGGAGGAAGAAGCACACGGAGAAGGAGGUGCAUGCUGACCUCGUGAGCGUUGUCUCGGUCCGGCUGCGCGAGGGUUACAGCAUCCGGGAGGUCAACAUCACUAAAGGUGGGUCUCAGCUGGAGGUGAAACUAGUGCUGCUUUGGAAGCAUAACAUGAGGAUAGAGUACUUAGCUGUGACACCCUGGCCCCUGGACCCAUCAAAGCGCAGCACAUGGGUGGAGGUGACGAUGGAGGGAAGCUAUGACAUCUUGCAUGACAUCAGUUGCACCAUGAGGAAGCCUAUCACCAGUCUGUACCGCACUACAGUCAUCCGUCGCUUUUGGAACACCUUGCAGAGCAUCAACCAGACAGAUCAGAUGUUAGUUCAUCUGCAAUCGUUUGACACAGUCCCAGAACACUUCACUAUUCCUGAGAGCACCAAGAAUGGGGUACCCCUCUUCUACAUCCCCCCAGGUUCCACCACUCCAGUACUAUCCCUGCAGCACAGUGGGUCUGACUCAAGCCAUUCCCAGUUUGCCUCCUACUGGAAGCCUAUCCUUUCUAUGGAUGCCAACUUUUGGCAGAGAUGGCUGCACAUGCAUCGUAUAGUCCUCCUUCUGGAGCAUGACACGCCUGUGCCUAAGCACCUGCACACGCCCGGCAACAACGGCCGCUACAGCACCAUCCAGUGCCGCAUCUCUCACUCGGCGCUCACCUCCCUGCUGCGGGACUGGAGCAGCUUCGUGCUGGUGGAGGGCUACUCCUACGUCAAACUGAUACAUGGCUCUGAGGAUCCCACACCUUCUUCAUUUUAUGUGGUGCGGAUCAUCUCCAAAGCUCCGUGCAUGGUUCUACGGCUGGGGUUCCCCAUUGGCACACCUGCACAGGCCAGGAACAAGAUAGUGGAGGAGUUACGGGACCGAAUCUUGCAGCUGCGCUUUCCCCACAGGGUCCAGAGCAAGGAGGCAACUCCAAAAGCAAAGAGGAAAAUGUUUGGCAGUAAUUCUCCCUCCAAGUCUCCACCUGUGGCUGGGGCCCAGUCAGCCCUUUCAGACAGACCCUGCCUUGUUGUGUUGCACAAACCCUUAGAGAAGCUACUUAUCAGGUAUGAGAAGCUGCCUUCUGACUAUCGAGCCCCCUUCAUUCUCAACCUGGAGCAUCCCCCGGUGUCUGGCCCCCUGACCAUGGUGGCCAGUCGCACUGCCUCGUCCACCCUGGCCUCGCUCUCCCGCUACUUCUAUCACCAGCGCUGGAUCUGGAGCGUCCAGGCGGGGCUGGCCCCGGCUGUGCCCAUCACCGCUGUAGCCCAGCUCCUUUCCACGCUCACAGAGGUCCGUCUGUCAGAGGGUUUCCACUUCGCAUCCAGUGGGGAUGGAAUUAUCAACAUGGUGCUGGAGCUGCCCAUACAGAUUGACGGCUCAAGUGAGAGCAGCAGUGGCAGGGAGAAGCACACCUGUGUCGUCCAGUACAUCCUCUUCCCACCCCAUUCCACCUCCACCAAGGACAGCUUUUCCACAGAUGAUGACAAUGAUACAGAGGUAGAAGCCAUUGAGGUGGACACAGAACUGAACCUGGUUACUGAGUGCUGGGUAGAGCCACAAAGCGGCUACGUCAACAGUACUGCUGAGAACUGGAAGCACCUCCAUGGCUUACCCUACCAGAAAAUACCUAAAGCACUUUUUCCCCGGGACCUUGCAUGCAUUGCCACCAUGCUGACCUUCGAGUACAUCAGCCAGCUGUGCCAGAACAAGGAGUGGGUCUGCCCUCCUUCAGACAGCAAAGCUACUGAAGAUCCAGACAUGGGGGCUGGUUUUCGAGUGCAUGAGAUCCCCUUCCAGUUCAACCUCAUGAAGCUGUUGCCCAGGUGCCAGCAGGUUGAAAUGUUCUUCCUAAUGCUGACAAAAGAAAAUGAGGAGGUGACCAAGGACUCUUCGUUUGUGCCCAAUGAAAUGCUUCUAAACCUCUUCCAUGGCUGCCUGCAGCAUGACCUCAGUGACCGGGAGAUCCCCAUGGCUGAUGCUGAUCAUGUGGCUUUCAUGGAGCAGGUUCUGCAGCGGGAUCGUGAUGGCCACCAACCCCCCUUCACACUCCCUGUGAUCAGAGAAGAAACCCUGAAAGCUUCUGGGACCCUGGAGCAGCAGGAUGCUUCUGCAUCCUAUCAUCUUGUUGGCAGCAAUGGCACCAGGGAUAUGACUGGCUCCACAAGUACUCUGCAGAGCCUCGGCAACACAGAGCUGCCUGAGGAUGACGUGACCUUGCGUGGAACCAUGGGGCCCUUCCCCCCACAAUGGCGGUGCUAUGCCAAGCUGGUCAACCCACAGCACGUGUUUCUGACCUUCCUGCCAGCCACCUUCUCAGAAGUGAGCCGUGACUCUGGAGAGCUGGGUGGCCCCUCACGGAGAGAUGUGCACAUCUCCUUCUGUCGCCAGAACUCGCAGUCUGAGCUGGGCGAGUGCCGCCGAUUUCGCUGCCCGGUUUACAUCUACAGCUGCUCUUUGGAGCUGUUAAGAGAGCAGCUUGUCAGCCCACGGGCACACCGUCCUCCCCGGGACAUCUUUUUCAGGUCCCAGUCUCUCGAACGUCCUCCUGCUGCUGCUUGGCUAGACCACAAACACAAGGAGUUGGUGAGUUACUGCACACUGCUGCAGGAGCACUCCCACCAGUGCUAUGUGAAAGGGCUGUUCAAGAGCCUUCAGCAGUCACACAGCAUCAGCUCCCAGGACCUACUUACAGCCAUGGACUACUGUGAGGAGCUGCUCCAAGAGAUUGAUAUCACCAACUCCCUGCGGCCGGUAUGCAGCCAUGUCCGCUCGUUCCGAGAGAGCCACCAACACUUCCGAAUGCACUCCAAGACAGCCAGCUUCCAAGUGGGCAGCAUAGAGCAAGAAGAGGAGCAGAGCUCUAGGGAACGGGGCGUCUUGGUCUCUGAAUCAAGUGCGGAAAUGGAGGACUACAGCGAGCAGGACUCCCAUAACGUUGCUAGCCCCACAGAGGAGCCAAAGAGCAGCGUGGGCACCAGCUGCUGUUCAGAGUUCCCUCUCUCGCUGCUGGAGAUUGGACAGCCCUGCCAGGCACACCCAGACUUGCACAAAAUUAUCCAGGAAAAAUUCCUGGAAAUUGGAAGUUUACAUUUCAAGCCGGUGCCAUCAAAUCCUCACUAUUUCUUCUAUUGCCCCCCGUCAGCCAAGAAAGAGGAAGAGGCAUCUCGGGAUCAGCCAGACAGAAAAGGCAGUGAGGACAUGGAGGGAUCAGAGGCAGAACUGGCAGCUGAAGAAGGUACCGUGUCUGGGUGCUGCAUUGCCACAGAGAGUGACCCCGAGCUGGAGGUGGAGUACCGUGAGAAGCUGGACCAUGAGUUCCCAGACACAGAUUCCCUCUUGGACUCCAACACAGUGAACCAGGAUGAUGACUCCUUCAGCGUGCUGGGAGGAGACUCGCUCAACGAGCAGGAGUUCCUGGAGCAGGAGAUGCCCCCGCUCUUUGUGCACCUUACCUGCUCAGUGAAGCUGCGGAGCCAGCACAGCUCCAUGCCCGUGCAGUCCCUGCCUACUUGUCUGGGGGAAGUUCUGGGCUGCCUGGAAAGCUGCCAGGGCUUGAGCACCAUUGACUUAGGUGACCUCUGUGUGACCCUGGACAUCUUUGUGCUGACACUGCCCCUGGAGAUAGAAGUUGUGAACACAGACAUUCUCCACAACAGAUGCACCUCAGAGAGCAGUGUGUCCUUCACACGGUCUCCAGGGCAGCCAUCCUCUUUCCGCUCGGAUGAGGAUAUCAUGCACAACUUGGAACGGCUCCCAUCCACAGGAGAUGAGAGGCACCCUGCACUUUCCAACCUCCCUGGAGUGCACAGACAGGCUAUUGAAGCCACUAUGAAUGAGAUUCGCUGGCUCCUGGAUGAUGAGAUUGUGUCUGCGCUGCGCCACUCGCAGGUCAUCAACACCUCCAUCCUGCACCGGGUGGCCACCCACAUCUAUAACUCCAAGGGGCGCCCCAGCUGCCACAGCGAGGUGGUGCUACUCCAGUUUGUCUUUGGACCUGAGCACUCUCUGGAGAAGUUCAAGGAGGAGUUCAGAAGAAUGGCUCUCCCAGGCUACGUGCUUAAUGCAGAGGGCAGUGACUACCACUACAUCUCCAUCAGCCGCCUGCACUCCAGGCGGGCAGCUCCAAACCCUUUGGCGAUACCCUGCUUCCAGCAGCCAGCUGGAGGGGGCACCAGGACAGCCCUGGGCCAGGCAGGCCGGGAGGGGAGCAGUGAAGCAGAGACAGAGGGCUCUGAGCUGCACCAUGAGAGCUGUGUCCACCCAGAAGAAGCCCGGGGUCUCUGGGGGUGGCCGGAGAGUGAGACACACAUUGUGCCAGACAUAGGAAACCCCAUAGGUGGGGACAGCCACAUGCAGGAUGAGGUCCCAGGAGAAGCACUGAGCCUUCAGCAGAGCGGAGCACCGGGCCAUGACUCUCUGGAGGAGGCACCUCCAGAGACAACUGUACAGUCACUGCCAUCCUCGGCCUCUGAAAAGGGCACCAGCUUCAGCAAGCAGCGUCCCAGCCGCGUGCAGAGCCUGGUGUCGAGCCAGGGCAGCAUGGACUCUGACCACCUGGGUUACGAUGGGGGAAGCAGUGACUCGGAGUACGAGGAGGCACUAAUGAGCGACCAGGAGCCCCGGUGUCCCCUCAUGCCUGAUUUCUGGCUCAUCAUAAAAAUCCAGCAGGACCGAGUGGAGGUCUACUACCACACACGCCUGAGUGUGGAGAAGACAGCACCAGCAGAGACUGAAGAGGAGCAGCCAGGAGAAUGCCAGAGUCUCAACCAGGUGGUGGUGAAGAAGAUAAGUGAAAUCUGCAGAGUUGUCAACCAGCGCUUGCUACUGCAGGACCUGCAUGACAGCCACAUAUGUAACUCAUUACUGGUGGCAGAAAGUGAGGAGGACAUCUGGAAGAGCGAAACGCCCUAUACUUCAUACAGGCAGCGUGUCAUGCCCACAGAUGAUUACUCUGUAGAGGAGAGCUACCAGCCCCGGGACUACCUGGCUGCCACCAUGCAGUUCAUGCCAGGGCACUUUGCUUGUGAUGUUGUGUGGAGCACACUCAUCCAUGUGCAUUCACGCCUCAAGAUGGGCCCCAACAUGGGGGUCUCGCGAGCUAUCCAGGCGCUUCGUUCAGUGCUCAACGCCUUCUCCGUGGUGAACAGGAAGAAUAUGUUUGUCUACCAGGAACGUGCCACUAAAUCUGUUUUCUACCUCCGACUGACUGAAACCACCUACAGUGGGAAGGUGUGGGAAGCAGAGAGCGUCCCUAGUCCGACAACUCGCUCGCUGGCACUGACACGCAGCCAGGAGCCCAUCUACUCUGAGGAUCUGAUGAGUUCCCGUUCCUCUCUGGACACAGCGUCAUGCCGUAGUGUGGACUCUGCCCGCCCAGUGGGACAGGUAGACAGGCACAUCCAGCUGAUGGUCCACGGUGUUGCCCCAGCAGGGCCUGAGAUCACAGAUGAGCUGGUGAAAGUGCUGCGCAGGCGCCUGGAUGAGGCCACCCUGGAUAUCAUCACUGUGAUGCUGGUGCGGAACUGCAAGCUGACCCCAGCAGAUGUGGAG